AUGGUGAUGGAUGCCCAACCCUCGCCGCAGAAUGUCGGCCGAGAAUUUGUCCGCCAAUACUAUACGCUACUGAAUAAAGCGCCCGAUUUCCUGCAUCGCUUCUACAACAGUUCGUCGAGCUUUGUGCAUGGAGGACUGGACGCGAAAAGUCAGGAUGCAACACUCGUCAUCGGACAGAAGCAGAUUCAAAAUAAAAUCCAGCAGCUAAACUUCCGUGACUGCCAUGCCAAGAUAAGCCAAGUGGAUUCACAAGCAACACUUGGCAAUGGAGUGGUGGUACAGGUCACCGGAGAGUUGUCCAACGAUGGUCAACCCAUGCGACGCUUCACGCAGACGUUUGUGUUGGCCGCACAAUCGCCGAAAAAGUACUACGUGCACAAUGACAUCUUUCGCUAUCAGGAUGUUUACUCGGAUGACGAAAUGGACGAAGCGUGUGACCGUGCAAACGGUGGGACGGACGAGGAUGGGCUACAUCCGCUUGGUACAGACGGUACCGAUCCCGCUGCUUUGGUCGUCGGUGAGACGCAGUUGGGGACCGGACCUGGCACCACUACCAAUGCAACUACCGGAUUGGUGGGUGUCGGUGUACAUGGACAUCCGACUCAACCGGGCCAACCACCUGUGCUAGGGUCGCAAAACGCUCCGCAAGCACUGUACUAUCCAUCGAAUGUAAUCAGCUCAUCUGGUGCUGGUUUGCUACCGGGUGUAACUACAUAUGGUGCACCACCAUCAGGCGCUCAAAAUCAACCAGCUUCCCAGCAGCAACCAACGCAUCAGCCGACCCAACAGCAAGCUCCCCAGCAGCAGCUGAACGGACUGCAUGAAAGCCUGUUAAAGAAUGUGGGUACACCUGAGGGUGCCACGGCGGCUGCCGUCGCCGCAGUACUACUCUCUUCGUCCACCGAUCCGCAGGGGUUGAAGUCGAAGAUUGACCAAACGCCAAUGGGUGUACCUGCUCAUCUGCUCCCAGGUCAGCAGCAGCAACAACAUCAAUCUCAAAUUAAUCAAACUCAACCACCAACCACCAAUCAACUCGGCCUAGUUCAGUCGCAACAGCAGUUACCGCUGCAACAGGCACCGCAGUCCCAGCAGCAACAACCGAACCGUCAUCAACUAUCCGCAUUAAACGAUACAGACUCUGUUUCGCUAGCUUUAGGUGAACCAACGGUUACUGCAACGGGUGGUGUCGGUUCUGCCUCUCAUGCGGAGGUGCUCUCUUCCAACGAUCUGGACAAAAAGCAGCAGCAGCAUAAAUCCCAUCAGCAGCACUCUCAUUCACAGCAGUUGCAUCAGAAGCAGCAGAUUGGUUCCGGCAAUGUUGGUUUCGGUAAACCGCAACAACAGCAGCCUGUAUCACUUGAACCAAAAACAUACGCCAACCUUGUCAAAUCGGGUGUAAGCUCUUGUGCACCGUUGAGUUUUGCCUCCGCUAUACAAGCAUCGCUGAGCUCAUUGAACUCAUCUCAACAGUCUUCGCAAUCUGGCGGUCAGCAGCAACAAUCGCAACAGCAGCAGCAGCAGUCGCAUCAACAGCAACACCAGAGUUACAGUUCCAAUUCGGGUAGUAACAGGCAGCAACAACAGCAGCGGGACAUUCUAUCGCCCACACCCGUGGGCGGUGUUAACCAGAACACUUCGACUAACGGUGGUGUGGGUAAUAAAUAUGGUUCCGACAGACAGGAUGAUCGAGGCACGCUCGGCAACGGUGGCAUGUCCCAACAACGAUCUCAGCAGCAGCGCUCAAUUCGUAGCAAUGGCACCAGUAGUAACUCAAUGGGAGGUGGCGGUCUACGACAACAGGACAACCGACAGUCAUCUUAUUCGAGGCAAAACUACAAUGAUAGUGAUGACCGCCGCCAGGGAUCAUCGUCGCAAUUUGGCGAUAAUCAUCAAUUGUUCCUUGGUAAUAUACCGCACCACGCCACAGAGGAAGAAUUGAAAACGCUGUUCAGCAAAUUCGGCACCGUUGUAGAUCUUCGCAUUAUGUCAAAAUCGGUGCAAAAAAUGCCAGGUGUGCGUACACCGCCACACUAUGGUUUCAUCACGUACGAAGAUCCGGCAUCGGUUCAGAACUGUCUUGCUAAUAUGCCACUCUAUUUUCCCGAAAAUUCACCAGACGGGCAUAAACUGAAUGUUGAGGAGAAGAAAACAAGAGUUCGUGGGCCAGGCGAUGGUAGUGGCCGAAUGAACAGCGGUGGUGGAGGUGGAAUAGGCAACUCCAACUCAAAUGGUCCCCGCUCCGGUGGUGCUGGUUCCGGUCAGUCCCGAGCACCAGGUGGACAGGGUGGCGUAUCCUCGAACAGGGGUAGUGGUGGAGGUGGUGGUGCUACGGGCCAACGUAGUCUAGGUGGUAACGUCGGUGGAGGCGGCAACGGUGGAAAUCGCGGCAACAGUGGUAGCUACGGUCAGCGCUCCGAUCGAGGAAACAAUGUAGGUAACAGCCAACGUUCUGUGGGAAACACAAAUGGUAUCAGUAACCGUGGUUUCGGAUCAGGGUACUAA